CGCUUGCCUCUCUUCUCCUUUGCAGCCGUUUCUACGUUUGCAGCCGUUUCUACGUCGAUUCCCCUUAUAACCCCUAACACUUCCCUUCUCUCUCUUAUAUAUAAACAUUACUCACUACUACUAUAAUAACGCAUUCUCUUGUUUUUUUUUGUUACCUCUCUCAUAUAUUUUCGACCAAGUUUUCUUCUUCCGCCGCACACCCUCUGUAAUCUCAAUACUUCUCAACGUUCUCUCUUUUGGUGUUUCUAAUCAAUUGAAUCAACGGACGCUUUAAUGGAGUUUCAAACUUGUAUUAUUACUCCUAUUAUUAACAAUGAGAAACCUGAUUCAGAAAUUAUUACUCCUAUUAUUAACAAUGAGAAACCUGAUUCAGAAAUUAUUACUCCUAUUAUUAACGAUGAGAAUCCUGAUUCAGGAACACAACCCAAUAAGCGGAAGAAAAAGAAGUCUAUUGUGUGGGAUUACUUCACGGUGGAACCUGUCGUAGCUGGAUGUGCCAGAGCUUACUGUAAACAGUGCAAGAAAUCGUUUUCUUAUAUAACUAAUUUAAAAGUAGCUGGCACAAGUAAUUUGAAGAAGCACAUUUCUUUGGGAAUCUGUCAAGUAAUGCAGCAGAAAAGUCAGCCAAACCCACAUUCUGUAAAUGGUGUAAAUGGUGGUUUGCAGAUAAAUGGCAUUCUACCAAACUCAUAUCCUGUAAAUGGUGGUUUGCAGGUUAAUGGCAUGCUACCAAACUCACAUCCCGUAAAUGGUGGUUUGCAGGUUAAUGGCAUUCUACCAAAGAAAAGGCAAAGAGCUACACCUACCUAUGCUGGUAAAGGUGUCUCAUUUGACCAGGAGCGUUGCAACAAUGACAUUGCUAAAAUGGUAAUCUUACAUGAUUAUCCUCUUGAUAUUGUGGAACAACCUGGUUUCAUUGCUUUUGCACAGACUCUUCAACCCCAGUUCAAUCCAUUGUGUUUGAAUUCUUUUGAAGGGUAUUGUGUUUCUAUGUACCUCAGAGAGAAGCAAAAUUUGUUAGAUCUUAUUAACGGGAUUCCUGGACGACUCAACCUAACAUUGGACGUGUGGUCAUCAAACCAGACAACAGGGUAUGUUAUUAUUAGAGGGCACUUCAUUGAUAGUGAUUCCAACUUGCAUCACCCUAUUCUCAAUGUUGUUACAGUGCCGUUUCUUGAUUCUGAUGAACUCAUAAACCAAUCUAUAAUGACCUGUUUAUCUGAUUGGCAUUUGGAGGGUCGGGUACUUACCCUUGCACUCGAUAAGUCUUUCUCAAGUGAGACCGUCAAGGUUAAUUUGCGAAGCCAUCUCUCUAUUAAUAACCCUGUGAUUCUCAGUGGUCAGUUAUUAAACCGGAAUUGUUAUGCCCGUGUUCUCAGCCGCAUUGCAGUAGAUGCACUACAGGCAAUGAGAGAAACUAUUAGCAAAGUUCGCGAGUAUGUGAAAUUUGUGAAACAUUCUGAAUCUCACGAAGAGAAGUUUAUUGAGCUUAAGCAACAACUACAGGUACCUAGUUUGGUGAACCUAUUGAUUGAUGACCAUUAUAAAUGGGAUACAACAUACCAUAUGCUUGUAGCUGCCUGGGAAUUAAAGGAAGUCUUUGCUUGCUUGGAUACUCGAUGUCCUGAUUUCGCAAUGACUCUAACUAUGGAUGACUGGAAGCAGAUUAAAACUCUUUGCACAUAUUUGAAACAUUUGUAUGAUGCAUCUUACAUUUUAACUACCCAACCGUAUCCAACUGCAAACUUAUUUUUUGCCGAAGUGUCGAAACUUCAUAUGGAGUUGACUAUUGCAGCCUUCAGCCAGGAUCUUUUUCUUAGUAGUUUGAUUUUGCCUUUGCUCCAGAACUUUGAUCAAUAUUGGAGAGAUAGCUGUCUCAUCUUAGCAGUUGCUGUGGCCAUGGACCCAAGGCAUAAAAUGAAACUUGUGGAAACCACAUUUGCUAAGAUAUUUGGAGAGAAUGCUGAGCCGUGGAUAAGGAUAGUCGAGGAUGGCCUUCAUGAACUAUUCAUUGAAUAUAACACUGAAAUGCUUCAUUUUACCGCAACAAAUGGUGGUGGAGAAGGAGAUGAGAUUAUGUUAACAGUAGAGCCAUAUGAAGGGCCGGUUGAUGGUUCUCUUUUUGUCGAUGAAGGUGAACUUUCCGACUUUGAGUUUUGUAUAUCUGAUAUGGCUUGUUUGCAGCCAUUUAAGUCAGAAUUGGACGAGUAUUUGGAAGAACCUCAACUGUCUGAAGCAACAGAAUUCAAUAUUUUGAAUUGGUGGAGGCUAAAUCAAUCGAAAUAUCCAACAUUGUCUAGAAUGGCAUCUGAUAUCUUGUCUAUGUCAAUAUCUACUGUGUCUCCCGAUUCUGUUUUUGACACAGGAGUCAGAAAAAUGGAUAAUCACCGAAGUUUGUUAGAAUCCCAUACACUCGAUGCCCUUAUUUGUGCCAAGGAUUGGUUGCAACAUAAAUCUUUACCCAAAAAUGUUUCAAAUAUUUGAGAAGAGAUAGGUGAUAGAUUCUCAAGUAGCUCUUAGGUAUUCAUUCAAGUUUUGAAACCGUUAUUCAGCUCAUUUAAUUUUGUGUGAUAAUUGUCAAUAUAUGUUUUAUAGAAUAGAAAGUUAUUUAUUCUAUUCGAACUUGUUCUUUUUGAAAACUUAACUCAUGUGAGUUACAAUUAGCAACUGCUUUAACAUACUUUCAUAGUUUGAAUUGAAAACCAGAAACAUUUUUUGUUUCUUACAUUCAAUAUAAAGCAAAUUAUUCUUUUUGACUUA